GGGCUGCCGGCCGAGCGGGACAGCGGCAGCAGCUCUGGACGCGCCGCCGAGCCCCGCUCCCGGCCCCGUAGCGAUGCUCCGGGGAAAGCACCGCCCCGCCGCCGCCGGAAGGCCAGCUCACCUCUCCUGUCGCAUGCUGUGGUCGGGACACCGGCAGCAACAUAUAAAUGGCUUCGAAACGGCACUUGGAAUCUCUGGACCCUGUGAUUUUCAACAAGCUACCUCGUCUGGAGAUGGAGCCUGCCACAAGCUUCCCCGCCAGCCUCUGCAAAUCCAGCCCUGUGCCCAACUCCACCUCCGAAAACCAUUUCAGCUACAAGGGCUCCUACUUCGCCUGCCCGCUGCAAAGCCCUGAUGGCCCUGAGCAGCCCCUAGCUCGCUGGAGCCCGGCGGCUACCUACCUGCACUAUGGGACCAGUGUGGGCAGCCAGCCCGUGCCGGCAGAGGGGCCGCUCAUGAACUGCCUGCUGUACCGACCCGAGAGCCUGGGCCCCAGGACGCAGCCCCCAGGUGCCGAGAAGAGCAAGAACAGCCUGAUGCGGGAGCUGCUGAUGGGCAGGGAGCAGUGGGCCAGCCCGCCGCCGGCCCUGGGACGCCCCUUCCUGGUGAAGAAGCCAGCGACAGUGAACAAGGGGGCCCCACUGGCUGUCCCCAGGCCGGUGUACAGAGCCCCUGUGUGCUUCAUGGACCCCAGGAUGGCUCUGCCGCUGGUGCCCCGGGCAGAGAGCCUGCAGCAGAGACCGGGGGAUGCAGACUGGGCUCUGCCUGCCGCUGCCCUCCCCAGCUACCCUGUCCCCAACGGCGAGCCCCACGGCAGCACUGGGCUGCGCAAGAGGGGUUCCUACUCCGACCCUGGCCUUCCGCUGCUGCACUCCAGCCUGGCGUUGCCCACCAAAGAGAAGGUGGGCUCUCCCGUUGCCUUCUCCCCCUAUUACGCUGCCUUUGAGAACUACAGGGGUCCUCCUGGCCCCUGCUUCCUGGAAGCCACCUGCCCCACCACCCACAGCCAGAGGAAGGUGUCCGAGGUCCCCAGCCUCAGCCCAGAGCCCUGGCCCAAGCUGCAGCCACCCCCUACCAGCCCGGCAUACCAGGAGAGGCCACCAGUGCCGUACCCGCACACCCGCCACCCGCUGCCCCUCCACAAAGCCGCUGUCCUCUACCACCCCCUGGCUCCCCCUGGGGAGGCACAGCCCGGCUCUCUGCCCACCGCCUACAAAGGCUUCGGCUUCGCGGGAAGCGGGGAGCCCUAUCCUGGCUCUUACCUUAACCCCCAGGCCCCAAGGAGCUACCUUCCCAGCCCCUCAGACACCUACAUGCCAAGGGCAGCUGGCAUGGCAGCGGCGCUGCCCACCAAGCCGGUGGCGCUGCCGUUGGAUGCUGAGCCACGGUGGCGAACAGGCUACUUGCCCAGCCCUGGCUUUACCUUCAGCCCCGGUGAUGCAGCUGUGUUUGGCACCUCUUUCACCAGCACGGAGCCGGGCUGCGAGCAGCACCAGGCUGACAGUCCCCAACAGCAGUCGGUGGUGAGGCACAGCAGCGCCUUCCAACCCAUCUGCACCUCAGAGAAGGUGCCCGAGGGCUCUGGUGGGCUCAAAGAGAUAUUUCUCAAAAGAGAAGGGGGCUGGGUGAAACCCAGCCAGGGAGAGCAAGCGUCCCCUUACCCUGGGAGGAGAAGGGCCAGCCCAACCCUCCAGGAGACCACCUGCGGGGAACCACCGGCUCCCAUCAUUGUAGGGAAGGGAGAUGCCUGCAAGGUCAUGGAUGCAGACAAGGAGCUUGUCCCUCCUCCAUCCACCUCCUCAGAGGGGCUGAAAGACCUGAGGGACACUGAGGUUUCUCCUUCCUCCCCACCUAUGCCAGUGAUCAACAAUGUCUUCAGCCUGGCACCUUACCAAGACUACCUGGCGGGGAACAAGGGCUUGGCCCAGGUCCCAUUCUGCAGGGAGCAUCUGCGAGGAGACACCCCGUGUGCCCAAAACACGGGGGACAGCGUGGAGCCCACUGCCUUCAGAGACAUCUCUGACACAUGCAGCCCUCUGCCUGUGGAGAUGGCAGCUGGCCAGGAGCUGAAGGCUGACAGCAGUGUGGUGCAGAGCCCAAGGAAAAGCUCUUACACGGGGGUCCCUGAAAAGCCAAAGCUUGUGCCUGCAGACCGAGGCUCUCAGGAGGACAGCCCUGGUGGGGUGGAGAGCGGGGACCUGGCCCCUGACAACAUGGUGCUGGAUCUCAGCUUGAAGAAUAAACUGGAGAAAGUUGGGAAGGCUCAGGAACCCAUUGGUCAGGUGGAGGGAACGCCAGGCAGAGAGGAUGUAGAGAAGGAGAAAGAGGGUGCAGAGGGGAAGGUGGAGAUGAGAGAGGGGGCCAAGCCCCAGGGGCUGCCUGUGCUGCUUGAGGUGGGGUCUGGGGACCAGAGCAAGUUCCAGAGCUCAGCUACCUUUAUGUUCAAAAAAUUCAAGAUGCUGCGCUCCGUCCCGCCCAGGAGCGUGCCCCCCCCGCGGCCGCCCAGCAGCCCCCGCAACCCCUGGCCCAGCCCACCGCCACCGGCCCCCUCCAGCAGCACCUUGCCAGCAUCGUGGACCCCUCCUGCCUCCCCGCCGGCCAGCAGCCCCCCAGCCCUGCAACCCAGCCCCCCAGCCCUGCAGCCCAGCCCCCAGCCCAGCACCUCUGCUCUGCGGGGGGCUCGCCCGGCCCUGUUGCUGCUCCCACUGCCCCAAGGGCCCCGUGCGCUGGCAGAGGAGGGCAUGCUGUUGCCCAGGCAGUGCGAGGCCCCUGUCCUGCAGCCCCCCUCUGCUGGGCAGUAUUUCACCACCAUGCAUGCCUGGCUCUGUGACGUUAUUUCAUGCUCAGUGUCCAAGUCCUCCCCGGAGCUCCUGCGGGAGUGGCUGAAGAAGGUGGAGCCAAUGGAGGAGCUCACAGAGAUGCCCAAAUCCCCCUCCAAACCCAAGAAUGGCUCCAGGUUCCCUGAAGCUCAGAAGUCCACUAAAGGCAAGGAGAUCUGGCUGGCUUUCCAGGAUGUGGCUGCUCUCCUCGCCAACCUUCUUUCUCAGCUGGAGACCUUCAUGUUUGCUCGCAAGUGUCCUUUCCCCCACGUAGUCCGGGCCGGGGCCGUCUUUAUCCCCAUCCAUGUGGUGAAGGAGAAGCUCUUCCCCAAGCUGCCUGGGGCCUCGGUUGACCAAGUGCUGCAGGAGCACAAGGUGGAGCUGCGACCCACUACGCUCUCUGAGGAGAGGCACUUGAGGGACUUGGAGCUGAAGAGCUGCACCUCACGCAUGCUGAAGCUCCUGGCGCUCAAGCAGCUCCCUGAUAUCUACCCGGAUCUGCUGAACCUCCACUGGCACAACUCCAUCAGGCAGCAGCUUGGUUCAGGCUCGCAGGCUGGCCAGCAUCCCUCCAAGUAGCCCCAGCGUGGAGGCGCUGAAAGCUGACGGCAAAGCAAUAGCCAUGGAGAGCAUGAAGAAAAAGGAGACACUGAGUAAUGUGUCCAG